UUUACAAUGAAUUUAUUCAACUCGGCUCUUGGGAAAAACAUCACUUUUGUGCUUCCUGCGUAUUUUGUAAUAAGUGGUUUUUCUGGCAUCCUCAAUAUCAAAUAUUACUAUGUCUUCCUCUGUUUUGUUUAUAUUGUUACAGUGCUUGGGAACACGGUUGUGAUGGCAGUAAUAUACUUCGAUCAUAAUCUGAGAACACCUAAAUAUAUUGCAGUCUUUAAUCUUGCAUUAGUGGACCUGUUUGGUAGCUCUGCUCUGAUGCCGAAGCUUCUUGACAUCUUUCUGUUUAACCAUCGAUACAUCCCCUACAACGACUGCUUGACAUUCUUUUUUUUCUGCUACAGCUCUCUUUCCAUGCAGUCAUUUAAUCUGGUUGCACUUUCCUAUGACCGACUAAUUGCCAUCAUCUUCCCUCUGCACUAUCAGGUGAAGGUGACCCACAGGUUCAUGCUGUCGUUGAUUGCCUCUUUCUGGGUCUUUGUUAUUACUGUUGUUCUUAUUGCAGUUGGUCUUCUUACGAGGCUUUCUUUCUGUGAGUCUGUGGUUAUUAACAGCUAUUUCUGUGACCAUGGCCAGCUAUACAGGCUGGCUUGCAAUGACUACACACCCAACGUUGUCAUUGCUUUUUUGUUAAUGGCUCUAAUCCUUUGGCUUCCACUGGCAUUUAUUGUGUUAAGUUACGUGUGUAUUUGUUAUGCUUUGUCUAAAGUGGCCACAGUUCAGGAAAGAUACAAGGCCUUUAAAACCUGCACAGCUCAUCUUGCAUUAGUGGCAAUCUAUUUCCUCCCAAUAUUAAUCACAUUUACUAUAGGUUCAAAAAUACAUCAAAAUGCCAGGAUCUUAAACCUGUCUCUGACCUCUAUUUUUCCUCCUAUGCUGAACCCAAUCAUUUAUGUUCUGCAGACACAAGAAAUCAAAGUAUCAGUGAAAAGAUUAUUAAAAAUCAGAAAGGAAACCAAAAUUAAAGUGAAGAAAGUUAUCAUAAAAUGA